GGCAGCCUCGGCGACUCUCAAACAACGCCGAACGGUUAUUGCCAGUGACGUGAUGCGGGGUGGUGGGUGGGUAUAUAGUUGGGGGCAGGCUUCCACCACCUUCGUGCACACCCCCCCACCUCCCCUACACCCACACCAAACCCAGCAGCCAAAAUGUCCCUUCCUACCCAGCAGCGCGCGUGGAUCCUCGCCAACCCCCCCGCGGGCGCGAUCCAGAAGGACACGUUCGAGCUCGUCACCCGCGACCUCCCCGAGGUCAAGGACGGCGAGAUCCUCGUGCAGGUCGAGUCGCUCUCCAACGACCCGGCUCAGCGCGGCUGGAUCCAGAAGGACCAGGACCCUGAGCGCGCCUACUCGCCCCCCGUGCAGAAGGGCGACAUCGUCCGUGCCACCGCCAUCGGCAAGGUCCUCAAGUCGCGCUCGGACAAGUGGAAGGAGGGCCAGCGCGUCGUCGGCUCGUGGGGCUGGACCGACUACGCCGUCGCGCCUGCCUCGGCUGUCCAGUUCGCCGCCAUCGACCUGCCCGGCAAGCCGACCGCGUCGCUCUCCGUGCUCGGCAUGGUCGCCGUGACCGCGUACCACGGCCUGUUUGACGUGCUCGACAUCAAGCCCGAGCACACGCUCAUCGUCUCGGGUGCCGCUGGUGCGGUCGGCUCGAUCGUCGUCCAGAUCGCCAAGAACGUCGUCGGCGCCAAGGUCGUCGGUAUUGCCGGCGGCAAGGACAAGGUCGAGUGGGUCAAGUCGCUCGGCGCAGACGACUGCAUCGACUACAAGGAGGAGGGGUGGGCCGCCAAGCUCAAGGCCGCGCUCCCCAAGGAGGGCGCCGACCGCGUGUUCGAGAACGUCGGCGGCAACGUCCUCAACGAGAUCUUCAAGGUCACCCGCCGCUUCGGCAAGAUUGCCCAGUGUGGCAUGAUCGCGGGCUACCACGGCGCCGACCAGAACCUGAGCAACAUCUCCGAGAUUGUCAAGAACCGUCUCGUCAUCCAGGGCUUCAUCGUCAUCGACAUUGGCGCCCGCUGGCCCGUCGCCGUCAAGGAGCUCGCCGGCUGGGUCACCGAGGGCAAGAUCAAGCUCGACGACGCCGAGACCCUCGUGCCCUCCAAGGUCGAGGACAUCCCCCAGGUCUGGCAGCGCCUGUUCGUCGGCCAGAACCGCGGCAAGCUUAUCACCCAGCUUGUUUAAAGCAACAAAAGUGUAGCAACUAGGUGUAUAUGCAUGACAAGUGAAGAAGCUAAGAA